GUUCUUUGUUUGCUAGGUUUGAAGGUAACGCGCAUGCGUACUGGCGCUCUUCAUUUACACACUACACAGGUGCGCUCAGCUCAGCUCAACCCACAGAGGAGGAGGACACACUGCAGCAGGAGGAUGAAGUGACAGAGAGCAGAGAGCACAGUCAACAUGGAGGACUUCUUCAAAACGGUGGGGGAGUUGAGAAGCCUCAUUGAAAAAAUCUCCUGCCAAGCAGAAGAGGUGGAGAGAAGCCACGGCGCCAUCCUUUCCACUACAAACCAAGACAAGAGGCAGAAAGACGACUUGGAGCUGCUGAACAAUGAGACCAAGAAGAAUGCCAACUUGGUCCGAGCCAAGUUAAAAUCAAUGCAGGAGAACUUGCCUGUGGAUGAGAACAGUAUUAGGGUCUCAGCAGCUCAGCGUAUUCAGAAGAACCAGCACUCCCACCUGACUCGGUGCUUUGCUGAAGUCAUGAGGGGCUACCAUAAGACGCAGAUCUCCUUCAGAGAGAAAUGCAAAGCACAGAUUCAGAGACAGCUGGAGAUUGUGGAUAAAGUGACUACGGAUGAAGAGUUGGAGGAGAUGCUGCACCGUGACAAUCUUGCCAUCUUCAUAUCUGAUAUCAACUCUGACGCUCGGAUUUCAAGCCAGGCUCUGAGCGAGAUCGAAUCUCGUCAUCAGGACAUCAUCUGCCUCGAGGCCAGCAUCAAAGAGCUGCACGAGAUAUUUGCCGACACCGCCAUGCUGUUGGAGAUUCAGGGGGAGUUGAUCAACAACAUAGAAAAGAAUGUGACGAGUGCCGCAGAGUACGUAGACGCAUCCAAAGCAGAAACCUACGAAGCAGUGACGUACAAGAAAAACCGACACAAGAUAGCAUCACUCCCGAGGUUCUUCAAGUCCUUCAGGAGGAAAACAGCUAAGUAACAGCUAAAACUGCUACUGAUCAAAACACCUCCGCCUUAAACCACGACUGAGCUCCUGAACCUGUUUGAACACCGACUGUACCUAACAUCCUGAUCAACAUCAAAGCCUGUGUGCUCGACAGAACACACUUUUCAUCUGAUCUAUUACGGUACAGAGCCUGUCUGCCCGCUCAAAGGAUAAUGAGGAAGCUGUUAUUUUUAUUUGCAUUCAAACUGCUGUGAUAAUGAUCUGUCAAAAUGAAAGUGACAAGAUACUGAGCCAGCUUCUGAGGCUACCUGGACAACUGCAGCAUCCCAAAAAUCUGAAUUUGAACUUACUUGUCCAAUGUUUACAGACUCUCAUAGCAAAAUUGCUCCAUUUCCAUCACAAUAAUACAAACAAAUCUUUUAAAACACGAACCCAAGCUACACUUUUAGACGCACUUACCCUUUCGGAUUGAUUUGUCCAUUUAUUUCCUCACUCACAGUUAGCCGUUGUUCCACAUAGUGGCCAGUAGAUGGCGUGGCAACAUUAGAUAGGACCAGGAUCACAUACCUUCUUUCCUCUCUGCAGUCCUGCUGAAAUCUUGUUUUUGUCUGAUACUGUGUUUUACUAAUGCAAAUAUAAUAUAAUAUUCUGUUGUCUAAUACUAUGAAAAAAAUGUUUGUAAUGUCUUAGGAUGAACUGUAAGACCAUGCCAAUCCUAAAAUAAACCUAAGCUACGGUACAUAA